UAUGCAACUGCAGGUGGGAAUCGUUGAUUCAAAAGGUGGUCGGCAAAAGCAACGGCAUCAGGUGCGAUCGCAUCUCAGCGGACACGUGGCAAGUUCUCAUAAGGGCAAUGUUAAAUUGUUCCCCUCAAAAGUUCCAAUUCUAACCCCAACCAAACCUUUCCUCAACGGAAUCCACUAAACUCGCAAUCUUAGUCUUCUUUAGAGAGAGAAAGACAGAGAGGCCGGAACCAUUCUCCGAUCGCGCCGGUGGUUCGGUUUAUGGUCAUCGGAGGAUCACUGAUCUUGUUUGGGUUUCGAAUCGUCUUUGUCGGCGACCGGAGAUGGUGAAUUCCAUGGUCGAGCGUGCCACGAGCGACAUGCUCAUAGGGCCCGAUUGGGCCAUGAACAUCGAGAUCUGUGACAUGCUCAAUCAUGACCCUGGGCAAGCAAAGGAUGUUGUGAAAGGGAUAAAGAAGAAGAUUGGAAGUAAAAAUUCAAAAGUUCAACUUCUUGCACUAACUGUGAGCCUUAAUAUUCAUCAUUUAAACCACUUUGAUGGCCAGAUCAGCUCUUCAUUGGAAAUGGUCACGGUUUGCCUGUCAAUGUUGUUGGAGACAAUCAUAAAAAACUGUGGAGAUAUUGUUCAUAUGCAUGUUGCAGAGAGAGACGUGCUUCAUGAUAUGGUAAAAAUAGUGAAGAAAAAGCCUGAUUCUCAUGUCAAAGAGAAGAUAUUGACUCUUAUUGAUACUUGGCAAGAAGCAUUUGGAGGCCCGAGGGCAAGAUAUCCACAAUAUUUUGCUGCUUAUCAGGAACUGUUGCGUGCUGGGGCAGUAUUCCCUCAGAGAUCGGAACAAUCUGCACCUGUACUCACACCUCCGCAAACACAGCCAUUGGCAUCAUACCCUCAAAAUAUACGUGACUCAGAUCCUCGUCAGGACACAGCUGAAUCCUCUGCCGAGUCUGAGUUUCCUACUCUAAGUUUGACAGAAAUUCAAAAUGCUCGUGGCAUCAUGGAUGUUCUUGCAGAAAUGCUCAAUGCCUUAGAUCCUAGUAACAAAGAAGGGAUUAGACAGGAGGUUAUUGUUGACUUGGUGGAGCAGUGUCGAACUUACAAGCAGAGGGUGGUACACCUUGUCAACUCAACUUCCGAUGAAUCACUGCUAUGCCAAGGACUGGCCCUGAAUGAUGAUCUGCAGCGAGUACUGGCCAAGCACGAAUCUAUUUCUUCGGGAACUUCUGCCCAAAACCAAAAUCACGCAGAAAAUUCAAAACCUGCCCUUCCUGGAACACUUGUAGAUAUAGAUGCUCCUUUGGUUGAUACUGGGGAUACUACCAAACAAACUAAAGAGAGACCCUCUUCUAAUGUUGAAGCAGAAUCCCAAACAAUGAAUCAGUUGCUGCUUCCUGCGCCUCCAACUUCUAAUGGUUCAACAAUUCCUGCUAAGGUUGACCCCAAAUUGGACCUACUCAGUGGUGAUGACUAUAACUCUCCAAAAGCAGAUGCUUCAAAUGCUCUUGUUCCUGUAGGAGAACAGCCACCUGCUAGUCCUGUUUCUCAGCAGAAUGCCCUUGUUCUUUUUGAUAUGUUUUCCAAUGGAAAUAAUGCACCUACAUCAGUCAAUAGCCAGCUGCCCCAGCCAGCUAAUGUUGCUAGCCAAAGUACUCCAUAUACUCCCCAAUUUCAACAACAGCAAACAGUCAUAUCUCAAGGUGGAUUUUACCCCAAUGGAAAUGUCCCAAAUGCGGGUUCGCCUCAGUAUGAGCAACAAUCGCUGUAUACACACGGUACAGGUUCUGCUUGGAAUGGUCAGGUUGCACAACAGCAGCAACAACCACCUUCACCGGUUUAUGGUACGCAAAGCGGUGGAUCAUUGCCACCCCCUCCUUGGGAAGCGCAAUCAGCAGAUAAUGGAAGUUCAGUAGCUGGCGCUCAGUAUCCAUAUGUGCAGAAUGCUGCACAUCCUCCAGGGUCUCAAACAAUGGGCAAUGACCAGGGUGUUGGCAUGUAUAUGCAGCCAAAUGCUAAUAGCCAUAUGCCACGAAUGAAUAACCAUGUUGGGAGAAAUCAAAUGGGCUUGCAACCUCAGCAUAUACAAGGUGUUGCAGGGCCCUACAUGGGUAUGGCUUCACAUCAAAUGCAGGGUGGUCCUGUGAUGUAUCCUCAACAGAUGUACGGAACCCAAUUUAUGGGAUACGGUUAUGAUCAGCAGCAACAAGGAGUUCCAUAUAUUGAACAGCAAAUGUAUGGUAUGUCUGUCAGAGAUGACAGUGCUUUGAGAAACUCUUACCCAGUUUCUACCCCAUCUUAUGCUCCAUCUGGGAAACCUUCCAAGCCAGAGGAUAAGUUAUUUGGAGACCUUGUUAACAUGGCAAAGGUGAAGCCCAAUCCCACCCCAGGCCGAGCUGGUAGCAUGUAAAAACUACAUUACCGGGUUUGCACAUUUCAUCCGAUUGGUAACUUUUGUUCUUGUUUUUCUUUGAUUUUUAUUUUUAUGUUUUCAUAUUAUUAUUAUUAUUAUUAUUAUUAUUAUUAUAUAUAUAUAUAUAUAUAAAGUUUUUUGGUUCUUGUUUCA